AUGGAGGGAGAGAGGGAGGACUGGGGAGAAAGUACGGAAAGUGGGACGACUUCUACCCAGGUUGACAAACUGACGCAAGGCUGCAGCGAGGAAGGAGACGGGCCCCAAAACCUCCAGGAGCCGACGGGAGACGACAGGGUCGACAGUGAAGCCUGCGAUGGACUGGUUGACCCCGCGCAGGUUGGGGAGGAUCUACGUAUCAGUGACACAGACGACCUGCCACAGGAGAGUCUGACACCCACAAACACACAGAACAAUGCUGACGGCCUCCCAUCACCCCCCCUGCCAUCAGACGAGGAGGUGACCCCCCCUUUAGUGUCAUCUCAUCACUUCAACAAACACAAUCGUUCCUCCGUGCCCUGCUGGUAUUGCAUGAGGUCUCUCGACUCAGAUUAUCGUCCUGAAACUCCGGAACAGGAGGACUCGGUUCCUUCGUCACCACUGCUCUCUAGUGGCCAGAAAGUGAGCUACCAGACAGACCCUCGCCCUCACUUUGGUGUGGCUUGGUCAUCCCACUCCACAUGUCGCCCUCUGUGGGGCAGUGAGGGACCCUGCUGGGGGCAACGACACCAGGACGCACCCAACCAGAUGCACACGUGUCCUCACUGUCAUCUGGGCUUGCCCCCUGACACCCUGCGUUGGCAUGAGGCUAAGUGUCUGCUGUAUGACGGGCUGAGGAACUCAAACAAAUAAACAGAGUCAUCGUCAGAGAGUAACACUGACUGCACUUAAUAAAAA